GCCGCUCCGGCCACUCGGCGCUCCGCCUCUUCGUUUGGGCGGCCUCCACGCUCUUCCUCCCGCUCGUCUCCUACGCCGUCUACGUCGCUGCCAAGUGGGACGCCGCGCGCCGAACGCCACCGCACGGCGUCGACGAGUGUUCCGCUCCUCCUCGCCGAGGAGGCCGUCGAGCACGAACGCCACCGCACGGCGAGAGCCCGUUCGCGUACGCGGCCGGACAACCCCUGCAGCGCCAACUACCCGCUGAUGCAGAAGAUGCGCUCCAUCCUCAUCGAGCACGGGCUGGCCAACGGCGAGGCGGAGCGCAACGUCGACACCUCGGUGUUCGCCAAGGUCGCGACGUUCGAGGAGGAGCUCCGCGUGGCGCUGCCCAGGGAGGAGAGGAGGCUGCCCCGUGCGGCCGUGGAGAACGGCACCGCCGCAAAGGCGAACAGGAUCACCGAGUGCAGGUCGUACCCGCUCUACCGGUCCGUCCGCAAGGAGCUCGGGACAGAGUACUUGACCGGGGAGAAGACGCGGUCGCCCGGCGAGGAGGUGAACAAGGUGUCCGUCGCCAUGAACCUGGGCAAGCACAUCGACGCACUGCUCGAGUGCCUCAAGGAGUGGAACGGCGAGCCUCUGCCCAUCUGCUGAUUGCUGAACAGAGGACCGACGAGAAGAUAGGAACAUAUUAGCGUGUUUCAGAAAUUCAGUUCACAGAUGUUCUUAGCUGAUGCUGUAAUAAGUAUGCCUUUUUUUUUUUUUUAAGUUCUUGUUUGCAACGUCGUUCUUUGGAAGUUGCGAUGCCAUAGCCAAAUUUAGCAAUUUGGAUAGAGGCAGGCAGCUACUGAAACUGCCGCUCCUCCUCGAACGUCGUGACCUUGGCGAACACCGAGGAGUCGACGUUGCGCUCCGCCUCGCCGUUGGCCAGCGCGUGCUCGAUGAGGACGGCGCGCAUCUUCUGCAUCAGCGGGUAGCUGGCGCUGCAGGGGUCAUCUGCGUACGCGAACGGGCUCUCGCCGUGCGGUGCCGUUCGUGCUCGACGGCCUCCUCGGCGAGGAGGAGCGGGACGCUCGUCGACGCCGUGGUGUUCGGCGCGCGGCGUCCCACUUGGCGGCGACGGAGACGGUGUAGGAGACGAGCGGGAGGAAGAGCGUGGAGGCCGCCCACAUGAAGAGGCGGAGCACCGAGUGGCCGGAGCGUCGGCGGUAGGAGCUGAGCAUGCACGACGAGGAGGGCGAGUGAAAGAGAAGAGGGGAAAGAAAGAGGAGGCUGACACGUGGGGUCCACGUGGAUCCCACGCUGACUCAGCAGCCAUGUAGGACAAAACCGGGAUCACAACCGCUGAGGGAACUAUUGUGACCGGUUUUGUAUAGUUAAGGGACCUCGCAUAUCUAGUUUUGCGGUUCGAGAAUGUUUUUUUAUCCCGAUGACAAGUUGCGGGACGUUCGGUGUACUUUUUCCUAAAACUAAUAAUAUUUGGGAGGAACUUGAUAAAUAUGAAGUGCAUGCCCUUAUACCUUCUGUAUCAGACUU